AUGAGGUCGCCCUGGACACCCCCAUGGGUAUUAUCAUCUGUUCAGAGAAGUGCACAGCUGCGAAGCGAAGUCCAAGUUGUGGUGGCUGAGGGACCAUCCCCAACCAGACAGGAGGUACUGGGGAAUGAUGCGGACCUACACAGCCAAGAAGAGGUCACAGGUGGACAGAUGCUCAGUAGCAUUCAGAUGGAUACCAUCAAUGCCCUCCUGUGGGAUACUGCUGAGCGAGUCAAGAAGCAACAGCGGAGGGCUCACCAGGGUUAUCUAGUUUCUGGUCCCAGUACCUUCGUCAUCAACCACACCAUGACUGGGGAUGAGGGUUUUGAGGAGGACAAGGAUGCUUUAGGGGAGGACAAGGAUGCUUUAGGGGAGGACAAUGAUGUGGUUAGCCCAGAACACAUGGCCAGUCAUGAGGAUGCACAGGGAUUCACUGUGGGAAAACCCCCAGGGAAGUCCACAUAA